UGAAAAUACAUAAUUAGCAUAUGGGCAAAUAAAAGGAAGAUUAUCACACCAUUCAUUAGUAGAACAAAGUACAGGUAAAUGCAAACUGUUUUUUAAAGUGACUGUGCUUUUGGGUGUUCGAGAUAAACUGGGCAUACAACUGUGGAGAUUUAUGCUACAAGCAGAUGCAAUAUUUCACAGCUACACAUGCCACUGUAUUGUUUGUCUGACUUUGUGGAAAUGAGGGCACUUGUUAGGUGUUGGCUUUAGGUGAGGAUCAAGUCUAUAACUGCUUUGUGCUGGGGUCUUGUUUCUGUAUAUCAAGUUUCAUGUGCUGGAGACUAAUGAAUGGAAUGGUAUUCUAUUCCACCAGCAAGAGGGAGACAGGGUUGGGGCCACGGGCCCCUGAGACGGAGCCGUUUUUUGGGCGGGUCACUGGUGGCUACACUACGGCUUGAAGUGCUACAAGUCACCCUGCAAGUCAGUGCUGGAUCUAGGGAUAACUUUGACCAGGUUAGAGCCUAAGCUCAGGACAGAAAGAUAAGGCAUGACAUCGCUGGGGAAAGACUAAGAGGGUACAGUAUGCAACCUAGAUGGAACAUUGGGUUGUCAUGACACCCUACGCCACUUCAGGAAUGCACUCAAAUGAUGUUGGUGCAUGUGUUGCCUGCUCUGUAUAUCCUUUUCGUUAGAGACUGGAUGUGUAUAGAUGCUGGUCAGAAGCCUUUCUGGUGAACCUGAGCCGGAUACCAGGUCUGGGGUCACUCCCAUAAUGCUGUGUCAAAUUUGCACUGGCCAAAUCCGGUUUGAUCAAUGGCAGAUGGGCCACCCACGAGUAAGAGGGGCAUCGACAGCUGCACCGAGUGGGUAUAGACUCGGAAUUAGGCCAGCCCAGAUCUACUUCCGUGGGACUCAUACCGGUAUCCGCAUUCCCCCAAGGAUCCCCUUUCACUAUCUCCAGAUCGGCUCGGUAGUUUUAUAGCCCGAAACAGGAGAAUGAUGCAUUAUUAUUAUUAUUAUUUUCUGGACUAUGAUGUGACAUAGUAAUGAGGUCAUCUUACAGGAUUUAAUGGAGCAGGAGCAGAAGCAGAGGCAGAAGCCCUAGUUCUGCAUCUGCUCUACAAUAAGAUAUCGCUUACCUGCUCCCUCUGCUUUGUUUUGAGGGGCAAGAGGGCGUCAGUUGAGUAGCUGCAAUGCAUUUUGGGUCAGGCCUAUAUAUUGACCAUUGCUUCAGCCCGCCUGCUUAUUCCAAUGAGAGACGGCCUUGUAAGAGAUGGCACAAAGCUCAGCCGGCCCGGUGAGUGUGUUAGUCUUCACUGGUUAGCCUUCCACUGCUGGAUACACAUGCCACUCAGUGUCAGGGACCGCAAGAACUCACCUCAGCAGGUAGAACUCCUGGGAAGGUAUCUGGGACCCUGUGUCCUCUUCUGGGAGUCGUACUCUGGUUCUCUGUGUCUUUAGCCAUGAUAAUGCCUGAACCUCCAGGGCACCCGGGCUUCUCCCCUCCCCCCCCCCCAGGCUCGGAGGACUCAUACUUUCCCACGGACGACGAUCACCUUGCAGCGCCAUCUGGUGGCAGUUUCUCCCUUCCUGGCAACAUGAGCCGCACCUCUCGCUUUUUUGACAUGGGGAUGGAGGAUGGCAUGAUGCCGAACCUAGAACCGGACAUGUCGCACUGUCAGAUGCUGCUGGACGCUCCAGAAGCCCCGCCCCUGCAAACCGUGCCCUGGUUCUGCCUCUGUGCGCACUGCAAGGGCACCUCCGGAUCCAAGGGGGACCGAGGAAGCAGGGGCUUGUCAGGCAGUCCUGGGAGUCCAGGCCCACGAGGAUUCACUGGGUUCAGGGGGCGACCAGGCUUCAUGGGACGUUUGGGGCUGAAGGGGCAGAAGGGCGACGAAGGAGAGAAGGGCAACCAAGGACCACUGGGAUUCACCGGCCCCAAGGGAGAACGUGGAUUCAAGGGAGACAAGGGAGACCCAGGUGUCGAGGGACCCCCAGGUGAACAGGGCCCUCAGGGUGACGCAGGCCAAUGUCCUGAGACUUGCGAAAGUAUCUCGGGUCCCCCAGGAGACCCGGGACUCCCUGGACCUGUGGGUGUUCGGGGAUUACCGGGGAUAGCAGGGCCUACAGGCACCCCAGGACAGAAGGGAGAAAAGGGGGAUAUGGGUCUCCAGGGAAUCCCAGGGAUGGAGGGGCAGAAAGGUGAGGAGGGGCCAGAAGGGGAGUGCAACUGCCAUGAUGGACUCAAUGGGAUAGACGGGCAGGAUGGUGCCCCUGGGUCCAAGGGCGAUCAGGGCUCUCCGGGGGCUCCAGGGGAAGAUGGGCAGAAGGGAGAGCUGGGUGAACAAGGCUUCCCAGGGCCAUGCAGCCCAGCCAUCCAGUCGGCCUUCUCAGCCCUUCUGGACAACGUGUACCCUAUGCCGGGCUCCCCGGUGGCCUUCACACGCGUGCUCUACAACAUGCAGGGCAACUACAACCCUGCCAUGGGAGUCUUCACUGCUCCCGUCAAUGGUACCUAUGUCUUCAGCUACAGCGUGGUCGCUUUCAGUCGGUUGCUCAAAGUCGGGAUGUUUCUCAACUUCCGGCCUGUGAUCAAGUCUACUGAGCCCACAGAUCUGGCCACCGCCUCCCAGCUGGUGGUGCUGCACCUGUCCAUGGGAGACCGGGUAUGGAUUCAGGUGAAGGACACUUUCACCAACGGCAUGUACGCCAGCUCUGAGAGCAGCAGCAGCUUCAGCGGCUUCCUGCUCCAUCCCGACAGCUGUGACCUGCCCCUGUUCCGAGACUUCAGUCCACCGAUGGAGGGAGAAUAUAGGUGGGAUGACGAAGAGACCCCAACAACACCUGAACCUACAGUCUCCGUCCCACCUGAGUAGAACGAGCCUCCCAGCACCUGCCCCAUGACAGCUUCCCCCAAUAACCUCAUGUAAAUCCUCUUCCUCUAGGCGAACUUACCUCGGAAAUGAAGCUGUUUCUCCUACCGUUUAUCCUAGUCUAAGUUAGCCUAAUUAUUUUUGCAAAGAUCUGUCAAGUAGAAAUGCCACUAGUGUCCGAAAUUCCUCCUGAUUGGUUCUUUGAAGCCCAGCCCUGUUAGCUGCUUAAUGGUUGCGUUCGUUUGACAUUUGUUAGUAUGGACUGAUAAAGGAGCGUAGAUCGCAAUGUACACUAUACUAGCUAAGCAAAUAUAUUGCUUAUUAACUUUGAGUAGCAAAAUAACUUAUAUUUGCAUUCAAAAAUAAACAGUAUAUUUCUGUUUAAAAACCAUUUGCUACUUAGAUGCUUUGUGAGCCUGGCUGUUAUACAUGUUUGACUGUGUUCAUUAGUAGUUCAGUCAGUGAAAAAGAACAGGCAGAUUAGAGACAGAACUAGGUGCCAUUUGAACAGUAGGGGCAGGAAAACAGCACAAAUCUUGAUAGUGAUCCAAACUCUAACCUCAUGCUGUCUCCAUCUUCAAUUCCUUCAUAUCUUAGAGCGACAAAAGAAACAGGCACUUUUGGCUUUUUCACUUACAAAUGUUUCAUUUUAUUAAAAUAGGACUGGCUUUAACAACCCGGGACUUGUUUUCAGACCAGGAAUGUUUUCGACGAAAGUGCUGUGUGGUCACUGUAAAUGUGAGGUUACUGGGACUGUACAGAUGUGCUCCUGAAGACAGAUUGAGGUUUUAGGUGUGAACGGGGGGGAUCUUUCCCUAAAGCUGUUUGCAUUAAUAUCAUCUACAGAAGUAUAGGACUGUAGAGAUGCAUGUCCGGAAUGGGCCCAGCUAGAAUCACUUAGAUUGUACAGGUGACUCCCAGCACAGUGAUGGCGUUAGCAGCACUAUAAAGGUGUGUGUCUGCAGUGGUUAUUCUUUUUAUAGGUCAGAGUUGGAUCUCCAACAUCAUAGCUGUGCGCCUGAAAACAGGGACUGAACGAUGUGCUUGAUCUGACUGAACAAAUGAAUUUCCCUUCGAGGACUAAAGAUUUUUCCGUUUAUUUCAUGUUGCAUCUUUGCUCUGUGUUGUUCAUACGUUCUAAAAUAAAGUAUGUAAGGAUA